GUGAGCUCGCGUCUAAAACCCCCGAUGAUAAAGAUGCGUGUGUGUGCGCGCGCGCGAGCGCGCGUGUGUCCUCGUCACCGCCGCCCCGUGACAGUCCAUCGUCGCUGAACUCAGUUUUGGGGCUAGUCGUGAUGGAAACUCGCCGCCGCGUCGAUGUGGGCGCCUAGUUUAGAUGACGUUAACUUUCGUUUUCCGUGAGGGACGCGUACGGCAAGUUUCCACGUUCGGGUGGGCUAGAACCGAACGGGUCACCCGUCGACGAUCAUUUCAUUCUGACGCGGGAUCGCACCGGAUUUUCGGGAUUACACAACGCGAUGAACUUUGGACACGGUCGCUGUGCGAUUGCGGAAGACCGAGCGGAGCAACAACAUGGAGCCAGAUGAGGGGAACUGAAACCAAACGGCCCCUUCGCGUCCGCUCCACGUAAGGCAACGCGCCGAUGGAGGCUGCGCUGUGUGUGUUUUGUUGAGUUUAAAAGGCACACGUCGACGUUUGAAUCCAAAGCACCCCAAGUGAUGACCUACACAAGGCUGCAACCGCCCAUCUAAAAAACAAAAGGGAUGGAGCGAGGUGACAGAGAGGGAGGAGAGCCGGAGGUGGAGGACGAAUUUGCCUGCGCCGAUAUUUUGUGCGGCUCCCUGCCCUCCCUGCGCCAGACCGUGGAGCGCAUAUUCUCGGUGUCUUUUGACAUCGGGGCGGACGAUGCGCCUCACAGUGACAACGGGCAGACUUGGCUGAGACUAAGCGGAAAGAUGAACAGUGUGGCAGCUGCCAAAUUGUUUAUAAGAGGAUUUUUGGCUCAGGAACAGCAGCAGGAGUUUUCCUACCCUGGGAUCCUCAAUUGUGUCUUCUGUGGAGCCCGAGGGUUGUUCAUGGACUGCCUGAUGAAAACCACAUCAGCCCAUAUAGUGGUUGGCUCUCAAGGCUUCCUGCUUAUUUCAGGUCUGACUGAGCCAGUAGUGCGGGCCUACUCCUUAAUCACAGACCUGGUUGAGAGAUCCGAGGGUACCCAGGACCGUCACACCAAGUUUGGGGACAGGCCAUCAGGUGAAUCACUGGAUUCACGCCGGGCCUUCAAGUUGUUGGUGGAGAAAUGGGAGGACAGACACACACUGGAUCUUCUGGUGCUGCCAGGAGCUGUAAAGGAAGCUCUACUGGAUUUGGUGACAGAAUCUGGGUUUAGCUCAACCCAGGGUCCUGAGGACUCUACUGCAAAGAGAUAUGACCAUGGAAAGAGUGAGAGCCAGGGAUUAUACAGUACACUGACUGACAAGAUUGCAAGGGCCAGAUUAGAUGACGAGUCCAAGGAGCGAUUGGAUAGUCCCUCCUCCACAAUGCCUCUUAGACAUUCCAAUGUCAAAGACAAUUCAGACUUUAAUCAACAAAAUAUGGACACAUAUGGGAAUUCAUCCCAACCGACACCAUUUAAGUCUCAAACUGCAUCACAUACAGAUAGGUGGGGCAGUCAUAUACCAAGGGAUCCAUUUGGUUCAUUCUCAAACUCCAACUCUGUGAGUACCCAAGGGAGGGCAGGCGAGGCAAAAGAAAAACAUGUCCGCUCCCCACAGGAGGUGGAAGAAGAGGGACAGCCAGAGUUGGAAAUCAAGGAGGAGGAAGAAGAAGGAGAGUUGCUACUAUCUGUAGGAAGCAGGAAAGAGUUUGGGCUACUGCUGAAGUUCUUCACAGCCAUGGGCUAUACUGAGAACGUGGUGAGGCGCGUUCUAGCCCGAACGGGACCCAAAGAGGCCUCGCAAAUACUGGACCUGGUCCAGCAGGAACAGGACCACAAUGACCAGGAUGCACAGAAGCGCCAGCCUCGGAGAGAAGAUCAAGGUGGGAGCAACAGCCAAAACAAGACUGAGCACAGAGAAGAGGGAGCGUCAGGAGGAAUAGGCUUUCAAGAAAAGAUGUUGAGGUGUGAAGAUAGGAUCGGUGAGGGAGCAGUAAACCCAAAGGAAGGAGCACAAAAGAGGCUGGAGAGAGGUAGAUUAGAUGAAAGGCUGGAAAAAGGGGUUGAAAGGAGCACAGUUCCAGACUUGGUGGUGGAAAGUGUUGCGGAUGGAGGGAGCAAAAGGGAUGGAAAUGGUAGCAGGGAGGCGGGAGAAGAAGGAAUUGAGGAAGACUUUGUCCUGGGCGUGUUGAAGAGAGCUGCAACAAGCUGUGGAUACACGGAGGAGAAGGUAGCCGAGGUCUACAAUAUGCUACCCGAUCUCACCACUCAUCAGUUGAUCCUAGAACUGCAGAAGGAGAGCACUGAAAGGAGAGACACUGAACUCCACAGGACUGAUUCAGCGAGAGAAGGGCCAAGUGAGGUGGAUGACAUAGUGCCACAAAGAGUGGGGAAAAGAACUGAAAGGGAAGAGGAUGAAAGAGGAAGAGGAAAUGGGAUGGAAAUCCAUCAGAUACUGACAAAUCAGCUCACCUCACAGACAAGCCAACACCAACUUUCUGAGUUGCAUGAUUCUCGACAAACCCCACUUCAAGUCAGAGGGCCCCCAGUGCUUACCUAUCCCUCCUCCUUAAAUCCCCCAUUUACCAACCUCCAGCCCCCCACAAAGAACACCCAAACUGCCAACACCUCCAGUACAGCCCCUCAAUUCACCCACAACCCAAAACAGCACCUUCUUCAGCCUGUCUACAUUCCUAACCCAAAAACUCAGCCUGCCCACAUUCCAAUCAACACCACUCUUCCCUCAGUGUCAACACCUCAUUCAGGUCAACCCAAUGACUUUUCUGACAUGAACAAUCCCCGAAAGAAGAAUAGGCAAGAUUUUCCGGCCACAUCGUCAGGGGCAGUGGUGACUGGGGAACAGCGCUUCCUGGAGGGUCUGCAAACACCCUUUACCCUCCAGCUGACGAACGAGCCUGGAGAGUCAGCUCUCAGGUUGAUCAUCAUCGAUGGGAGCAACGUGGCUAUGAGUCACGGUCGAGGCCUGUUCUUCUCCUGUCGGGGCAUCGCUCUGGCUGUUCAGUACUUCUGGAACCGAGGGCACCGGCGCAUCAGCACCUUCGUGCCCCGGUGGAGGCAGAAGAGAGACCCCAUGAACAAAGUCUUAGAGCAGCACUACCUUUCUAAGCUGCAGGAGCUGAACCUGCUCUCCUACACCCCGUCCAGAGAGGUGAAGGGCAAGAGGAUCAGCUCCUACGAUGACAGAUUCAUGCUGAAGCUCGCACAGCAGACGGAUGGUGUAAUUGUGACAAAUGACAACCUGAGGGAUUUGUGGGACGAGUCCCACGUGUGGAGGGAUAUCAUCAAAAAGAGACUUCUUCAGUACACAUUUGUCGGUGAUCUCUUCAUGGUGCCGGAUGAUCCGUUGGGGAGAGGAGGGCCACACCUGGACGUGUUUUUAAAUUCACAGCACAGACCCCCUGACCCGGGCUGUCACUCUUUCGCUGGGGUGGCCUCCCCUUUCCCCGCCUCCAAAACACCCCGCUCCCAGACGGAAGUUCUCCACUUCCGCGAUCGAAAACAAGGGGGUGCUAUGGAUGUUGAGAUGGGAGGGGCAAGGGGGAAAGGGAAGGGAAGGACUGGUCAUGGCCCGGGGCCCGUUACAGAAAGGAGCCUGGAGGAGACGGCCAGGCUGAGAGAGAGCCUCUGUCAGGUCUUUCCGGACCAGGCCUGUAUGGUGACACUGGUCCUGCAGAGCCACCCCACGGAGACAGACAUCAACUCCCUGUCUCACCUCAUCUUGGAGCAGCAGAUGGACUAAAAUACCCCAUACAGCAAUCAUCUAGUCAGAAGGGAUCUUUGGUUUCACUGAGCCCAAUGGGACAUGAUGGGUCCAAGGUGAAAGAUAAUCCGCUUUUUAAAAAAUCAGGGUUCAGCUCAAUUCAUUACCUGUUUUUGUUGUUACCUUCUUAGGUGUUAUUUGAUACAAAUCCAUUGUGUCCGUUUUAAAUUUUGAACGAUACAAAGAACUGAAAACUGAAAAAAUCUGGAACUGAAGGAAGCCCAGACGUUGUGCGUUUGCCAUACAGUCCUGACAGAGACCAAACAAAGAAGCAUCCAAAGCCUUCAUGUGGACCUUUCCCCACCGCUAAGGUGACCAGAUGUCCCGGUUUGUCUGGGAUUGUCCCAGUUUCAAGCUGGGUGUCCCGAGACCCGGCUACUCUAGCCUGUCUUUUCUGGUGGGAGGGGAUAAAAAUCCUUCAAUGUAUCAUGUCCGGCGAGACAGACAAGCUUGUGAGCACGUGCAUAUGCGUGUGCGCGUGCACAAACGUGCAGUGCACUUUUUAGGGACCCGGUUUGGGAUUUUGAAAAUCUGGUCACCCUAUCCACCGCUUCCACUACAGACUGUGUCAAAGGAGAAGCCAAAGGUAAAGUAUGGAGAGAGACUGAAACUCAUAAUAUUGGUUGUUUGUAUCACAGAAAUUUGGAUCAGUUCAUCUGGACAAAACGUUUAUUGGGAGAAACGUUUCAUCACUCAUCUAAGUGACUUUUUCAGUCUCACCUCACUGCGGGUAUUCCCCACCCCUAUAAACAAUACAGACUUCUGCAUGAAAUCAGUCACAUGAUGGAAAGUAGUCUCGUCUAGACGCCGAUUGUUUCACAAAAGUCCGCAGGUUAACAGGUCUGGUGAGAAUCGCCUGAAUAAAUCAGAAUCAGUUUUAUUCACAGAUUUGGUCUUCGCGUAACUUGACUUCGUGAGUUUCUCAAAGGGACUUUUGAACACAAAGCAAAGUUUUAAGAGUAAUUUGAAACAAUGAAGACAUACAACUUAUGUCCUUUUGUAUAUAUGGUGGAAUUUAUUUAUAUAUUGUGAUGCACUGACAUAUUAGUCAAGAGUUUUUAAUCUAUAAACUGCUUUGUUUCAGGCCUAUCUAAUUCAGUAGAGGCAUGCAAACUUGUCACCUUUCCGUGAAAUUCGCUGUUUUGAACCCAGAAUAGGUCACCAACUUGAUUUGUGCAGAUCCGCUGAGAAAUAAUUGGGGGGUGGGGGGAGUCGAGAGCCUACUCAAAGUGAGGGAAAGGAUCCUCCAACAAUGUGUUGGACGGAGAACGGGCCCUUGCAAGUGAUUCAGCUUGCCACUUCGGAAUUACGCCUGUGUUCAAAGUAGAACUCAUGUUCUAUCGAAAGCCUUCUCCAUCACUUCCCCCUUCCUCUGAAACUCCCCCCAAACACAUCAGAAACUGCACCGAUCUGUCCAUAUUCAGAAACUGCACCAAUCUGUCCAUAUUCACAUCAUUAAUGAAAACUCUCCUCUUCAGAAUUGCCUUUAAUGUGUGAUUUAUGUUGUGUGUUUUAUGCGUUUUGGUGUGUUGUUUUUUACAUAUUGUUGCGACCGCAGAGGGCUGUCGCUCUGACUAUCGACAGUUCUGUGCUGGGGAGCGCAAGGGAUUCUGGGACUGUUAACAUUUGUGUUCAAACUGUGGUUUUAGGAUGGGCAUCCACAUAGCCAUUGCCUACCAACAUGGGGAACGCCGGUUUGAAUCCCUGUGUUACCUCCGGCUCGGUCGGGUAUCCCUACAGACACAAUUGGCCGUGUCUGUGGGUAGGAAGCUGGAUGUGGGUAUAUGUCCUGGUCGUUGCACUAGCGCCUCCUCUGGUCGGUCGGGCACCUGUUCGGGAGGGAGAAUAGCGUGAUCCUCCCACGCGCUACGUUCCCCUGGCGAAACUCCUCACUGUCAGGUGAAAAGAAGCGGCUGGCGACUCCACAUGUAUCGGAGGAGGCGUGUGGUAGUCUGCAGCCCUCCCCAGAUUGGCAGAGGGGAUGGAGCAGUGACCAGAGUAGCUCGGAGAGCUGGGUGAUUGGCCAGGGACAACUGGAAAGAAAAAGGGGGAAAAUUAAAAAAAAAUUUGUCGUUUUAGUUCAUGUUUUGGUUAUUGUUGUGUUGUUUGUUUGGGAGUUCGACUCGGACUGAAUAGAAGACCAUUUUACUGAUGGACUGACUGUAUGACCGCGACUAAGACAGAUGUUUUUAAUAUUGACCUCGGGGGGGGGAGGGGGGGGGGAGCCACUGUUCAGCAACCAUUCUGGGGGGCAAAAAUAAAUGGGCCCUUCUGGUGUCAUGUAGUGUAUGGGACACGGGAGUUGCCACUCAAACGACAUUCCUGCCUCCUGCCUGCUUCUUUCAUACCAACUCGCCACAAUGUGUAAAGCAUCCGAGUAUGAAAAAGAUACAUUGUUACUAUUGUUGUGUUUAAUUAUGGUGCCAUUUGGUAUAUAUGCCCUCGAAAAGGCAAACCCAUCUCCACCGUGGUUUUUAUUUUUUGUAAAAACAAAAAUAAAAAAAAAGCCUGUCUACAAAA